CAGUGGGAGGCGGGGCGGAGGAGGACGGCAGGAGGAGGGGCCGGGCCUCUGUCCACCGCGUCAGUGCUGGUCGGAGGGACGAAGUGAAGGGGCUCGGAGCCCGCCGAGCAGAGGGUUCCCACAGGCGAGCAGAGCCCGCUGCCAUGGCGCUGGUGGGGCCUGUGAUCUGGAGCUCCAGACGAGAUGUCCACCUCCUGUUGCUGCUGCUGCUGCUGCUGCUGCUGCCGCCCUGGGUCCCGGCUGGGUUGGUUCCUUCAGAGACUCCAAGUGCCUGUGCCUCAGACCCGUGUGGUGCUGGAACCGAGUGCCAGGCUACAGAAAGUGGUAGCUAUACCUGUGAGCCUGUAGGGCUUGGGGGCUGUGCUUCUCAGCCAUGCCACCAUGGUGCACUGUGUGUACCCCAGGGCCCAGACCCUAAUGGCUUCCGCUGCUACUGUGUGCCUGGCUUCCAGGGUCCCUACUGUGAGCUGGACAUCGAUGAGUGUGCGUCCCGGCCCUGCCACCAUGGGGCCACCUGCCGCAACCUGGCAGAUCACUACGAGUGCCACUGCCCCCUGGGCUAUGCAGGCGUGACCUGCGAGGCCGAGGUAGAUGAGUGCUCGUCAGCGCCCUGCCUGCACGGAGGCUCGUGCCUGGAUGGUGUGGGCUCCUACCGCUGCGUGUGUGCGCCGGGUUACGCAGGCGCUAGCUGCCAGCUGGACGUGGACGAGUGCCAGAGCCAGCCGUGCGCGCAUGGGGGCGUGUGUCACGACCUGGUCAACGGUUUCCGGUGCGACUGCGCGGACACUGGCUACGAAGGUGCGCACUGCGAGCAGGAGGUGCUGGAGUGCUCGUCAGCGCCCUGUGCGCACAACGCAUCCUGCCUCGACGGCCUCCGGAGCUUCCACUGCCUCUGCUGGCCAGGCUUCAGCGGAGAGCGGUGCGAAGUGGAUGAGGAUGAGUGUGCAUCGGAUCCCUGUCAUAAUGGCGGCCAGUGCUUGCAGCGCUCUGACCCAGCCUUGUAUGGGGGUGUCCAGGCCACUUUCCCAGGAGCCUUCAGCUUCAGUCGCGCUGCUGGCUUCCUUUGCACCUGUCCUCUGGGCUUUGCUGGGGAUGACUGCAGUGUGGAUGUGGACGAGUGUGCCUCAGGACCAUGCCUCCAUGGUGGCAGCUGCCAGGAUCUGCCCAAUGGUUUCCAGUGCUACUGCCAGGAUGGAUACACAGGCCUGACAUGUCAGGAAGAUGUGGAUGAAUGCCAGUCAGAACCAUGCCUGCAUGGUGGGACCUGUAGUGACGUUGUAGCAGGCUAUGUCUGCCAGUGCCCUGAGGCCUGGGGUGGACAGGACUGUUCUGUCCAGCUCACAGGCUGCCAGGACCACACCUGCCCACUGGCUGCCACCUGCAUCCCCACCUUCAAGUCUGGACUCCACGGUUACGCCUGUCGCUGCCCACCUGGGACCUACGGGCCUUUCUGUGGCCAGAAUACUACUUUCUCGGUCAUAUCCGGAAGUUCUGUGUGGGGAUUGGUGCCAGCUGGUGACUCUCUGGGUCUGUUACUGACGUUUCGUACCACACUGUUUGCUGGGGCCCUGGCCACUCUCAAGGACACUCAGGUCAGCUUGGAGCUGGUACUGAUGAGGGCCACACUCCAAGCCACACUUUGGAGACACGGCACCGCUGUGCUUGUCCUUACACUGCCAGACCUAGCCUUAAAUGACGGCCGCUGGCACCAGGUGGAGGUGGCACUCCGCCUUGGAGCCCUGGAGCUUCGGCUCUGGCAUGAGGGCUGCCCUGGCCAGCUCUGUGUGGUCGCUAGUCCCGUGGCUACAAGUCCCACAGCCUCAGUGGCCUCUGGGCCUCCUGGGCCCUACUCUAUCCAUCUGGGUGGCUGGGCCUUUGCAGGCUGCUUCCAGGAUGUGCAUGUGGAAGGGCGCCUUCUGCUGCCUGAGGAACUCAAUGGAAAUGUGCUGCUGGGUUGCAAGCGCAGGGAACCAUGUCAACCUCUGCCCUGUGCCCAUGGAGGAGCCUGCGUGGAUCUGUGGACUCACUUCCGCUGCGACUGCCCAAGACCUUACCAUGGGCCCACAUGCACUGAUGAGAUUCCUGCUGCCACCUUUGGCCUGGACGGCACCAUGAGCUCAGUCUCCUUCCUGCUCCAUCAGCUGCGAGGCCCAAACCUCACUGUGUCCUUUUUUCUCCGCACUCGGCAGCCUGCUGGUCUGCUACUCCAGUUUGUCAAUGAUUCAGUGGCUAGCCUAACUGUGUCCCUGAGUGAGGGCCAGAUCCGGACUGAGGUGCUGGGUCAUCCUGCUGUGAUCCUCCCUGGGCGCUGGGAUGAUGGGCUCCGCCACUUGGUGAUGCUCAGUUUUGGUCCUGACCAGCUGCAGGACCUGGGCCAGCAGCUGUAUGUGGGUGGGAAGCUCUACCUUGAUGACGCCCAGCCCUGGGGCGGGCCCUUCCGGGGCUGUCUCCAGGACUUGCAACUCAACGGCCUCCGCCUCCCCUUCUUCUCUUCACCAAUGGAGAACUUGAGUUGGCCCAGUGAACUGGAUGCUGCUCAGUCCUCUAACCUCACCCAGGGCUGUGUCUCUGAGGACAUGUGCAACCCCAAUCCCUGUUCCAAUGGUGGAACUUGCCACGUCACCUGGAACGACUUCUCCUGCAGCUGCUCUGACAACUUCACAGGGCCCACCUGUGCCCAGCAGCUGUGGUGCCCCAGCCGGCCUUGCCUCCCACCUGCCACCUGUGAGGAGGUUCCCGAUGGCUUUGUAUGUGUGGCAGAGACUACGUUCCAAGAGGGCCCUCCUGCUGUGUUCAGCGGCCACAACGUGUCCUGGGCGCGGCCCCUGAGCGAGCUCACUCUGGCCUUCCGCACUCGCGACCCCGAGGCUGGGCUGCUGCGCGCCGCGGAGAGCGCCGACUCGGGUAUCUGGCUGGCGCUGCACAACGGCUCGCUGGCAGCGGAUGUGGCGGGCUCGGUGCUGCCCGCGCCCGGGCCGCGCGUGGCAGACGGCGCCUGGCACCACGUGCGUCUGGCCCGGGAGCUCCCACAAGCCACCGCCUCACGCUGGCUGCUGUGGCUGGACGGCGCGGCGACGCCUGUGGCUUUGCAGGGCCUGGGUGGCGACCUGGGCUUCCUGCAGGGCCCAGACGCCGUGCGCGUGCUGCUGGCUGAAAACUUCACAGGCUGCCUGGGCCGCGUGGCGCUCGGUGGCCUCCCGUUACCCUCUGCGCCUCCGCGACCAGGUGCGAUCCCCGGAGCCCGCGAGCACUUCGUGGCCUGGCCUGGGUCACCAGCCAUGCGCCUUGGAUGCCGCGGUGCGCCCGUGUGCGCGUCCUCUCCCUGCCUGCACGGCGGUGCCUGCCGAGACCUCUUUGAUGUCUUCGCCUGUGCCUGCGGCCCGGCCUGGGAGGGACCCCGCUGCGAGGCCCGCGCUGACCCUUGUCGCUCGUCGCCCUGUGUCCGGGGCCAAUGCCACGCGCGCCCCGAAGGCCGCUUCGAGUGCCGCUGCCCUCCAGGCUUCGCUGGUCCUCGCUGCAGGGUGCCUGUUCUGCCUCAGGGAUGUAGCCUCAACUCCACCUGCAAGGAUGGCGCCCCUUGUGAGGGUGGACCUCUAGGCACCAACUGCAGCUGCCAGGAGGGCCUUGCUGGCCUGAGGUGUCAGAGUCCUGACCUACCCUGUGAAGCCAACCCUUGCUUGAAUGGAGGCACCUGCCAGGCAGUCAGUGGCAUAUCUGAAUGCACUUGCAAUGCAGGAUUCUCUGGCCGGUUCUGUGAAGUGGUGAAAAGCCUGCCUCUGCCCCUGCCAUUCCCACUGCUGGAGGUAGCAGUGCCUGCAGCCUGUGCCUGCCUCCUCCUCCUCCUCCUGGGCCUCCUCUCAGGGAUCCUUGCUGCAAGAAAGCGCCGCCAGUCUGAGGGCACCUACAGCCCAAGUCAGCAGGAGGUGGCAGGGGCUCGUCUGGAGAUGGACAGUGUCCUCAAGGUGCCACCAGAGGAAAGACUUAUCUAGGCUGGUCUGGCUGCUGGUGCCAUGCCCUAAAGGUCCUACAGGAUCACUGCAGAACCUCUACCUGGAGGCUGGGGGAGACUAUUUCCAGAGCUAGGACACCCACAAGAUGUGCCACCAUGGUUGGCAACCCUUGCCCUGUCCAUCAUGGAUUCAGAAAAUGGGGAACAACUCAGGGAAGCAGAGGAGGCUGUGGGAGUAUGAAUGUCUCUGACCUGCUGGGCUGUAUAUAGGAGGGUACAUGUGGGUACCCAUGGUAUGACUGACAGGUGUAUGUAUGUGUGUAUCUUUCUGUCUGUCUGGGGGAGAGGGAGAGAGAGAGAGAGAGGAGAAUGAGGGGUGUGUGGCACAUUGCACUGUGCUGUGACGGGGUGUGGGCAUGCCCUGAGAGUCUACAUGACUGUAGUGUGGCAAGUGAUUUCACAGGGGAAGAGGCUGCUUCAUGGCCGAGGACAACCUGGGUGCCUCUGAGACAAGGGAAGCCCAAGGCUGCACGCUCUCUAGCACUGGACAGGCCAGAGCUUGCCCAAGCUCCUAGACUUUGGUCUUGACAUCUUGUCCAACCUCUAAGGGCAGCCUUUGUCCCAGAGAAGCUGGGGAAUAGGGAAGGCUUCUUGGCUUCCAGAACAAAAGCCCUUUUGGGCAGAUCUGGUGGACAGUGCCAUGGCUAAUACCCCCCGGGGCCUGUAGGGCAGGCCUGCGGGAACCAAGGAACAGCUGCCCUUGGCUGUCCCGCCUGCUGUGGGCAUCUGCAGGCAUGGAGCAACCUUUCUGCCCACCUCACAAGGCUAUUCUGAGGAUCCGAGAGACAAACAGGCAGAAACUCCAGAAGCUGUUUAAACUCCAUCUGAUGGAAAAGACUAACUGCCCUUUUGAGUACUGGAAAGUGCCCCAUCUGCCUACAGCCAAAGGGGCUUCCUGGAACCCUCGCAAGGCCAGAGGGCAGAAUGGAGAUGUAGUUCUGUCCCUGCAGCUCUGCGGUUCUGCAGCACAGGCUGACCUAUUGCCUGCAGUUCCAUUGUCUGCGUAUGGCUGUUAACUGAGGGAAAGCAUGCCAAGGAAGGCCUCAACUGUGUGCCCACCAGUGCUCGGCAGAGGCGCAUUGGCAGCUACUGCACUGUCCUCAGGCUGCAGGGUUACAUCCUGUGGCUACACACUCAAGUGCACUUGACUUCUGACUCCACCCCCAGAGGGCACUGCCUGCAGAUCCAGCCUCCUUUGGACUUCCCAGGGCCCUCUGUCAUCCUUGCUGACCAGGCCAGUGCCUCCUAACUGGGGGCUCCAUGUGUAAAUGUCAGGGAACUUUUACACAGGAAGCUGGAUGUCUCAGGUUUCAGUCACCUCCAGAAGGCACAGACUUGGGGGCACUGGGGUUCAGUAGAAGCUUUGAUGAGACCCUGGAUGUUGAGAGGCUUGCUUGGUCCUUACCCUGUAGCGGUGGCACCAACUUGCCCCUAGCUGUCUUGGUGUCCCUUGGAAGAGGGGAGGGGAAACGGGUGAACUGUUCCAGUUGCCAGAUCCUAAGAUGUUUCCUGCAGGACGCCAACAACGAGACAUCGCAGCAUCACCAGUGUGGGCCGCACAGUAUCUAUCCACUUGGGGGAAGAGGCUGUUCUUGUGGAGGUCUGGGGGAAGGGUGGAACUUGCUCCUUCCUGUAAUCCUGCCCAUCCCCAGUUCCCUCCCUGGCAGGGAAGGGGCAAGCUGAUGGUGAAGAUGGCCAAGUGCCUGCUCAGGCUUCUCCUCAUUUGAAGGACUCAGGACCACAGCGUUCUCCCCAACUAAACAUACAGUUCAUCACUGGGUUCUCA